AUGAGCAUUCAAAAUGUGGUAGACUAUCCAAGCGAGAAGUGCAACCCUUUGACUAUGUCCUUGCAGUUACAGUCAACGGAAAAUGUCUUGAAAAGAAGUUAUCACUUCCAACAGCUAGACCAACAGCACCAACAAUUUCAACCAUUUGCACAAAAACGUAGAAAAUUAAAUGAAUGUAGUUUUCAGUUACAAAGUAUCUCGCCGCAGCAAUCGAUCCAACAACAGAGCAAACAUGUCAUAGACAUGCAAAAAAAGCUACGGCCUCAGAGUUCUGCUAUCUCGCUUCCCACCUGUCACGCUCCUUCAUAUUUCGGGCGUAGGUCUUGUAGGAAUUCUAAAACUUUGCAAAGUAACUCUUUACGAAGUUCAAAAUUCUCUUCGAACCCUGCUCAGUCUGGAAUUCCGAAUAAGGCUUUACAAUUGGCAUGUUCUGCUGCUACAAUUCCUUUUUUAGUCAAGUCUUCUGAGUUCUAUUUGACUUCUCAACAUAAAACUGUCAAUGAUUUUUCGGAAUGCGUCGACAAGGUAUCUGAUCAUGAUUCGCACAUGUCAACCACUGACUUUAACAAUGCUUCCAUGGUUCCUGCCAAUACGGCCAAUACCGUUCAUGAUUAUUCAACGGUUACCAAUCAUCCUGAUGCUCCAGAAAACGUUAAUCAAGAAUUUUCUAUUCUCAAUAUAAUUCCAUCUUUGAUAAGUGAAAAACAUAGAAAGGCUGCUUUUGUUGAAAAUCUAGUCGACACUGCUGGCCUUAUUAUGGAGGUAAUUUGGGCAAAUUUUGCCAUUAGCCCAAAUGCGAAAAUUAUUACUUUACGUGUGUUUCUUCAGGAAACUUUGCGACGUUCUCGCACCUCUUAUUCAACACUCCAAACGGCGUUAUUCUAUUUGUUUAGAAUUAAACAUAAAAUUGCUUCCUUAUCUCAACGCUCCGAACUGCCUCCUACACCAACUUCCGAACAUCCUCCUGAUGUGAUCCAAAAUUCAUGUCAAAAUAAUGAUCCUGCAACCUGUGGUCGGCGCAUGUUUUUAGCUGCUCUGAUUGUUGCAUCAAAGUAUCUUCAAGAUCGCAAUUAUUCCAAUCGUGCUUGGUCUAAAAUAUCUGGUCUUUCCAUUGAGGAGAUUAACGCAAACGAAGUUUGCUUUCUCAAACUUAUUGAUUACAACCUUUUUAUAGCUGAGGACAUUUUUAAACGCUGGAGUACUCUUUUGCUAACGCAUAUUCAAGCUAUAUCAGGACCAGAUAUAUCAAAUCCGGAGGCAUUUAGGAAUGCUGAAAAUCAGAGUGAAGUUACUAGAUUUCGUGAAACUUUAAGAUUAAUGGACCCAAAGACCAUGGAAUGUAAACGUCCCCUCAGAUUUGGAAUUUAUCCUAUCACUCCUGCAGUGAGUGCUCCAGGAUCACCACGCGAAUAA